AUGAAUUCAAUUUCAUUUUAACAACUCGAUUUAAGAUUUAUAUAAUAAAGGUAAGGAAAGGAUCUCAAUGUUUAAAUGAGACUUUCUGAUGAUUAGUAUAUUUGUAAAAUAUUACCAUUGAGAAUUCAAAAUUUUGAAAUUAAACGAUUAGAAUUGAAGGAUUGUAAUUAUAAACCAGAUGUUGAAUCUCUUUUGAUUGCUCACUGUUAUUGA